AUGUCUUUCGGUCAAUUGGAACCCAACGAAAAAGUUCUUGUAGGUUGUAUCGGUGGUUCAGGUUUAUAUCACCUUGACAACCUGACUCCUGUCAAGAAACUUGAUAUCACUACACCCUGGGGAAAACCUUCUUCACCCAUAACCAUUUCCUCUCUUCCUUCAGGAGCUUUGAUUGCAUUCAUAUCAAGACAUGGACCCCAUCAUACCAUCACACCUACUGAAGUACCUGGACGAGCCAACAUAGCUGCUUUGAAACACAUAGGAUGUGAAGCCAUCGUUGCCUUUUCAGCCGUUGGAUCUUUAAGAGAAGAGAUCGCUCCUGGACAUUUCAUCAUUCCUGAUCAAAUCAUAGAUAGAACAAAAGGUAUUAGAGAAGAUACAUUUUUCAGAAAUGAAGGUGUCGUCGUACAUUCUAUGUUCGGUGAACCGUUCUCAAAGAAAUUGAACGAAUUCGUAGCUCCAAAAGUCGAAAAAAUCUUAAAAGAAGCUGAAGGACAAGUAAAAUUACACACAGGUAAAACUGUCGUUUGUAUGGAAGGCCCCGCUUUCUCCACUCGAGCAGAAUCUCUGAUGUAUAGACAAUGGGGUGGUGAUAUUAUCAAUAUGUCUGUUAUUCCAGAAGCCAAACUUGCUCGAGAGGCUGAGUUAGACUACACUCUCAUCUGUACUUCUACCGACUUUGAUGCCUGGAGAGUUGGGGAAGAUCCAGUCACGGUCGAAGAAGUCAUUAAGACUCUCCAUACCAACGCGGGAAACUCUAGAGCUGUCGCUGCAGGUCUUUUACAAGAUGUUCAUGAUGUAGUUGCUGAAGGGGAACUCUUGAACGAAAUUAAAGGUUCCAUGAAAUACGCUUGUAUCACUCGAGUCGAGUCACAACCUGAAGAUGCUAGAAAGAAGUUUGCAUACAUCUUACCUUAUUUCUCUGAUUAG